AUGGCAUUCCCUUUCAUGCGAGCGUUUAUCGCCCUUUUUCUGUACCGCUAUUUUCGUCUGGUUCUGAACCUUAUCUCCUUCUGGUCCUUCAAGCCCAUCCCGAAGCCAGAGAACCCCAAACUCACCGCGCAAGAUGUAACGGUUAUCGUCCCUACUCUGGAAGGCUGCGGCGAUGAAUUGGUCGAGACAAUCCGGAGUAUCCUUGACAAUCAUCCGUUUGAGCUUUUGUUGGUCACCAUCGAGGCGAAUAGAAAGAAGGCCGAGAACAUGCUGAGCCUGAUGCCGGCUUCGAAAUCGAGAAUCCGUCUCUUCACCGUCACCCACCCGAACAAGCGGCGUCAGAUGACGAAAGCCAUCCCAGAGGUUCGAACGGCCAUCACUAUCUUUGCCGACGACGAUGUGAGCUGGCCACGCACUCUAAUGCCUUGGAUUUUGGCGCCAUUCGAGAAGGAUGAGCGGUACGGAGGUGUUGUCACCUGCCAGCGCCUGCGCCGCGCCGUCGCGCCUACGUUUACUCAGCGUAUCUGGGGAUUUCUAGGGGCCCUGUACCUGGAGCGAAGAAAUUUUGAUUGCGCAGCGACGACACACAUUGAUGGCGGUCUGCCUUGUAUGUCAGGACGUACCGUCGCAUACAAGACCAAUAUCCUUCAAGACGAAGAUUUCACUUAUGCCUUUACCAACGAGGAGUGGUGGUUCGGUAAAUACCAGCUAAAUGCUGACGAUGACAAUUUCAUUACCCGCUGGAUGGUGUCGCAUGGCUGGGAAACUUUCAUGCAGUACCACCCUGAAGCCGAGGUCUUGACCACUCUGGAAGACAACCAGAAAUUUCUCAAACAGUGUGCACGGUGGUCGCGGAGCAAUUGGAGAAGCAACCUUACCAGCAUGUUCCACGAAAAACACAUUUGGUAUCGUCAACCCUGGAGCGCAUAUGCCGUCCACCUGACAACCUUGGCGCCUCCGGCCCUCUUGGGCGAUUUGCUGCUGCUACUGCUAUGCCACAAAGCGACAGCACCAUGGGAUGAGCCUUCCCACACGCUUGCAAUGCAAGCACUUGGUGCUUGGAUGUUGAUCAGCAAAUUCAUCAAGCUCAUUGGCCAUUACAUCCGCUUUCCGGUCGACUUCUUACUCCUACCCGUGUCGAUACUUUUUGGUUAUUUCCACGGGGGGAUCAAGAUGUACGCGGUAUUAACACUCAAUGUGACCACCUGGGGUACAAGGGAUGGCGCCGACGAUUAUGACGCCGAACGCAUGAAGAAGCGGACGGAUACUGAUCGUAUGAAGCAACCAUACCACCCUAAAUUUAUCACGCAAUAG